ACACACAUUCUCUAAUGCAAUCACAUCUUCCGGUCCAACUCGGACGUCUCGACUCAGCGCAACUCGGUCUUCUUCUCCGCCGCAAUGCUGAAAGGGAAGCUCAAGCUCCCGGACAAGGCGCGCCGCGUGUUCCCGGACCGCCUCGGCAGCCUGGUCGCGGGGUUCGAUGAGAAGGCGGAGGAAGAUGGAGGAGCGUCCGAUUUGGUUUUUGAGUCCGGGGAGGAGCUCGAGACGAUCCAGCCCAACGGGUACGGGUCGAGUGGUGGAGAGAGCGGGGUUGAGGAUUUUGAGGAGGAGAGAAUGGACCGGGUUGAACCGGAUUUGAGGGUCCGGCAGCCCAGACCCGAGAGAGAUGGGCCGGGUUCGGUAAUGGCGGCAAUUGCGGCCGAUGAGAGAAGGUCUGAUCUUGAGUAUGAGGUCAAUCAGCCAGAGGUAAAUUUGGAAAAGUUACAAAGAAUAGCGAGUUUAGGUCUUCCUGAUGGAGGAGGUUUGCGGGCGACAACCUGGAAGCUGCUCCUGGGUUAUCUACCUCCUUCUCGUGAUUUAUGGGAAAAAGAGCUGACAGAAAAUCGACAAAAAUAUGCUAAACUCAAAGAGGAGCUCCUUUUGAGUCCUUCAGAACUCGCAAGGAAAAAAGGUGGUGCCAUGAGUUAUUGCGACCCGCCUGCUGACAGUGCUAUUGAUGGACCACUGAAGAGACGUGAAAUUUCCCAGGAAGACCACCCUUUAAGCCUUGGUAAGGCUAGUGUUUGGCAUCAGUACUUUCAGCAUACAGAGAUUGCCGAGCAGAUAGACCGUGAUUUACCACGCACACACCCAGAUUUGAAAUUCUUCUCAGGGGAGUCAUCAUUCAGUAGGAAACACAGGGAAGCACUGAGAAAUAUUCUACUCCUAUUUGCAAAACUAAAUCCAGCAAUCCGUUAUGUGCAAGGCAUGAAUGAGGUCCUGGCACCACUAUACUAUGUGUUCAGCACUGACCCUAAUGAGCAAAAUGCUGCAAAUGCAGAAGCAGAUAGUUUUUCUUGCUUUGUUCGACUCUUGAGUGACUCAGUGGAUCACUUUUGUGAACAACUGGAUAACAGUGCAGUAGGCAUACUUGCCACACUUUCUCGCUUGUCAGACUUACUGAAAGCCAAUGAUGAAGAACUCUGGAGGCAUCUUGAGUGCACCACACAGGUGAAACCACAAUACUAUGCAUUCAGAUGGAUCACAUUACUACUCACACAGGAAUUCAAUUUCCAAUGCAUCAUGAGAAUUUGGGAUUCACUGUUGGCUAAUCCUUUUGGUGUACAGGAUAUGCUCCUGAAAAUUUGUUGCGCAAUGCUGUUAUGCAUGAAAAGCAGACUAAUGAGUGGUGAUUUUGUGGCCAACUUAAAGCUCCUGCAGCACUACCCUGAAAUUAACAUAGAACACCUCCUCCAGGUAGCUCGAGAUAUUAGCUCCGACUCAUCUUCCUAUCGCUUGUCUUUGUCCCUGUAAAUAAAUAAUUAAGCUGCACAUAUUUUGUUGUAUCUUAACAUGGUCUGUAAUGAUGAGCAAAGUGCUGUUGCCAGAGCUAAUUUGAACCCAGAAUUUUCAAUUGC